CCCACAGAAAUCCGCUCUUCUCAAGCUUCGUCAUUCGCCCGCCUUGGAGCGUUGAUGUGGGCCAUGAUGUCUUAUACGCUUUCAGCUUAUAUACUUCCGAGAGUUCCGGAGGUUUCUAAGUCAUGUAUCCUUUGCCUUCUUUGUCUGAUUUAACUACCAAAAUAUCAACAAUAUGGAAGAAAGAACCGGGUCAACGACCAAGCAUGCCCAGGGAUCAUUUGCAAGCUCGCAAGAGACAAGGGAAGUCGAAAUCAAAGGCGAGAGGCAAGAGGUCGAGAUACACGCAUGGAGCGGGCCCGACGACCCCGGAAAUCCCUUCAACUGGUCGUUCAGGCGCAAAUGGAUCCUAACGGUGACUAUUUGCUUCAUCUCAAUUCUGACUGGGAUUCCGGCGGGAGCCUAUAGUUCUGGCAAUGAGGAAAUGUCCACUCGUUUCCACGUGCAGAACGUACCCUUUCCCAACCUAUCCUGGGCUACCUGUAGCUGGAAUAUGGGUGCUGCAUUCUUCCCAUUGAUAUUCGUUCCGCUGACUGAAAAUACUGGGCGAAUGCCUGGAUACUUUUCCGCGUACAUCAUUUUGGAGCUGUUCUUUUUCGGAUCAGCCUUUGCCGAAAACUUUGCAACCCUCGUCAUCACUAGAUUUUUCGGCGGAGGAGCUUCUUCGGUAUCGAUCAAUAUCGUCGGCGGGAGCAUCAGUGAUGUAUGGAAAGGAGACAAGGCUAGAAGUCUUCCAAUGUCACUUUUUGGCUUUACCAGUGUCGCUGGUAUUGCUCUAGGUCCCUUCGUGGGUGAUGCAAUCGUUCAAAUCAGAAACCGAUCUGGCGACCUAGAUGCGCCAUGGCGAUGGAUCUAUUACAUUCAAAUGAUCUAUAAUGCCGCCCUUAUACCAGUAUUUUACGUCAUCCUCCAAGAGACUCGAGGCGACGUCAUCCUGGCCAAACGCGCGAAGAAACCCCGCAAGCAAACCGGCCGCCCGAUCUACGCCGAGUCUGAGCUAGUUCAGCCGCCUGUUCUCGAGCUGCUCAAAAUCUCGUUCCAGCGACCUGUGAAGAUGUUGCUUACCGAGCCUGUCGUCAUCUUCUUCACUCUCUGGGUUAGUUUCGCCUGGGGAAUCCUCUUCCUAUUCUUCUCUUCCGUACCCCAAACCUUCGGUGCCAAUUACGGAUUCACGACUUUCCAAAACGGUCUUGUCAUGCUCGCUAUCAGCGUUGGUGCACUCGUCGGCACAGUCGUAAACCCCUUUCAGGACUGGCUCUAUCUGCGCAGUGCUGUAAGAAAUAUAGAACGUCCAGGUAAACCAAUCCCAGAAGCACGCCUCUACACAAGCAUACCCGGCAGUCUCCUCUUCACCGGCGGACUAUUUAUGUACGGAUGGAGCUCCCAACCAGACAUCCACUGGAUUGUGCCCACCAUCUCCGUUGGCAUUAUUGGCGUAGGCGUUUACUCCAUCUACAUGGGAGUGGUCAACUACCUUACCGAUGCAUACGAACUGUAUGCUGCGUCUGCGCUAUCCGCUGCCUCACUCGGACGCAAUGUCUUCGGCGCUUUCCUACCUUUGGCGUCCUACCAGCUCUUCUCAACUCUGGGCUAUGGCUGGGCCGGAAGUUUGCUUGGUUUCAUUGGGCUGGCGCUGAGUAUUGUGCCAGUUGUCUUAAUGAUCAAGGGUAGAGAGAUUCGGCGGAGGAGUCCAUUCAUGCUGGAGGCUACGUUCUCUGUCGAGGAAGCGGUAGAGCGGAGGGAGUCGUUGAAUAUGGGGACUGGAAGAGGCAUUGUGUACGAGGUUUGACAGAAGUUUCUAGAUAUAGUGUUACUACAAUUUAUUACUCAGAUAAAUUGCUUCUUCAAACAAAAGUCCUGGAC